UAUCGCUGAAAAACUUGUUGUUGUCUGGGAAAAUGGCGUCAAACGUAGAGGCCCCGGAACGCUGGUACCUCGCCCUUCUCGGCUUUGCGGAACAUUUUCGAACCUCUAGUCCGCCCAAAAUCCGACUGUGUGUGCAUUGUCUACAGGCAGUGUUUCAGUUUAAACCUCCUCAAAGGAUUGAAGCCCGGACACACCUUCAGCUCGGCUCGGUUCUCUACCAUCACACCAAGAACAGCGAACUGGCCCGCAGUCACUUGGAGAAAGCGUGGUUUAUUUCUCAACAAGUCCCUCAGUUUGAAGAUGUCAAAUUUGAAGCAGCCAGCAUUUUGUCUGAACUCUUCUGCCAACAGAAUUUGGUGGAUUCUGCAAAACCCCUACUGCGCAAGGCCAUCCAGAUAUCACAACAAACCCCAUACUGGCACUGCAGGCUGUUGUUCCAGUUGGCGCAACUACAUACCUUAGAAAAAGACUUGGUGUCAGCAUGUGACCUGCUAGGUGUUGGAGCGGAGUAUGCACGAGUUGUUGGGUCAGAAUAUACCAGGGCAUUGUUUCUUCUUAGUAAAGGAAUGUUGCUGCUUAUGGAGAGGAAGCUCGGGGAGGUGCAUCCUCUGCUUACACUGUGUGGAACUAUUGUUGAAAACUGGCAGGGAAACCCCAUUCAGAAGGAGUCCCUGAGGGUCUUCUUCUUGGUCCUUCAGGUUACACACUACCUGGAUGCUGGUCAGGUGAAAAGUGUGAAGCCAUGUCUGAAGCAGUUGCAACAAUGCAUUCAGACCAUUUCUACACUCCAUGAUGAUGAGAUUCUACCCAGCAACCCAGCUGACCUCUUCCACUGGCUACCCAAGGAGCAUAUGUGUGUCCUCGUCUAUUUGGUCACAGUCAUGCACUCCAUGCAAGCAGGCUAUUUGGAGAAAGCCCAGAAGUACACAGACAAGGCUCUCAUGCAGCUAGAGAAACUGAAAAUGUUGGACUGCAGCCCCAUCCUCUCCACCUUUCAAGUCAUUUUACUGGAGCAUAUCAUCAUGUGUAGACUUGUCACGGGCCACAAGGCCACUGCAUUACAAGAGAUCUCUCAGGUGUGUCAACUCUGCCAACAGUCCCCGAGGCUUUUCACCAACCAUGCUGCUCAGCUUCACACACUAUUAGGUCUGUACUGUAUCUCAGUCAACUGUAUGGAUAAUGCAGAGGCACAAUUUACGACAGCCUUGAGGCUCACCACACACCAGGAACUGUGGACAUACAUUGUAACCAACUUGGCCAGUGUCUACAUAAGGGAAGGAAAUAGACACCAGGAGCUGUAUAGUCUCCUGGAGAGAAUAAACCCGGACCACAAUUUCCCAGUGAGCUCCCAUUGCCUCCGUGCUGCAGCCUUCUACAUCAGGGGACUCCUGUCCUUCUUUCAAGGACGCUACAAUGAGGCAAAACGCUUCCUGAGGGAAACUCUGAAGAUGUCUAAUGCUGAGGAUCUGAACAGACUCACUGCCUGCUCCCUGGUUCUGCUGGGUCACAUCUUCUAUGUGCUUGGCAACCACAGAGAGAGCAACAACAUGGUGGUACCUGCCAUGCAGCUGGCCAGCAAGAUCCCUGACAUGUCCGUUCAGCUCUGGUCUUCGGCCCUGUUAAAAGACUUAAACAAGGCCCUAGGGAACACCAUGGAUGCCCAUGAAGCAGCCCAAAUGCACCAGAACUUUUCCCAGCAGUUGCUGCAGGACCACAUCGCUGCCUGCAGCCUUCCUGAGCAUAACCUCAUCAGUUGGACUGAUGGCCCUCCUCCUGUCCAGAUUCAAGCCCAGAAUGGCCCAACCACCAGCCUUGCAAGUCUGCUAUGAGAAAACACCUAUCUCAGAUGAUGGUAGCUUCUCUACCAUCAUAAGCAAAAGACUGAUGCCGAACUACCUGCCUCAGACCACUGUAGCUUACAUUUAACAGGUCACAGGGUUCGGGCCUUUACUUUAUUUGCUUCUCAACAUUGCUUCCUGAUUGUCUGCUAUCUCAUUUUUAACUGUUUUAAAUUACAACUACUGUUGUAUAUGUAUGUCAUGCUCUCUGAUGGCAACGAUGCUAACAGGCAAUGGAGGUCCUCACCUCUGAGACAGACAGCCUGUAUCUAUGUUUCAUUUCCAUUUGUCGGAAAAACAAAGGGUAUAGUUAGUGGGGCAUGUAGAAGAAAUUAAUUUAUUCAUGUUGAUAUUUUUGUAACUGUUGGUAAAUAUUUUACAUCAUGCCUUUUGUUGUUAAACAUGCUGUUCUUUUUCAUGCAUGGAAGUUACUGAUGUGGACUCCCUGUACAUUAGUUUCUGACCGGCUUCAUAACAAUACAGUCUUGAUAGAUACUUUUUGCACAAAAUACCUAUUAAAGGUCACAUAUUAUGCAAAAUACACUUUUUCAGGCUUUUCUAACAAAAAUAUGUGGCCCUGGCCUGUCCACAAUCCCCCCAAGAAUCAGAUACCCCCCACACCACCACAACCUUUCAGAAAAUGUGUGCCGAAACAAGCUGUUUUCAGAUUUUCCCCUUGAUGAUGUCAUGUGAGGAGUUAGCACCACCCCCAGGUUUGGUUGGCCCUCCCCACUUGGAAGAAAGUUUUGCCAUUCUCUCCUGAUGCCCCCCUCAGCUGCCUGCUGAGAGUUGGAUCAGAAGAGCCACAUCCUUUUCCUGAGAGGGGCGGAGUCAGAGAGCUCAUUAACAUUUAAAGCCACAGAAGCGGCUCGUUCUGAGCAGGGCUGAAACAGGAGUUUUUAAACAUGCAAAAAUCCAAUACUGUAGUGUUUUUUCAGCAACAAACUUCACUGGCAUGUUUUGGGACCUCUGACACCAAUAUAAACGUGUCUUAAAGGGGUAAAAUAUGUGACCUUUAAAAUAAUCUUGUAAUGUAUUUUCACACAAUUGGUUGAGAACUUUCAGAAUGCAAAUAGACAGUGUGUAUUGUAUUUGGACAGUGCACAUCUACUGUGUGCAGUUCCUCUGUGGACCAGAAUAUGCCUCGGUUGGAUGCGCUAUUCAGCAAUGUUUUAAAUUUUACCAUCUGGUGGUUAGGAUUUGCCACAUACCUAUUAAAAUGACUCAUUAAACUGGUGUAUUUUUUGAAUAUAAAUUCCCUUUUGAUGCAUUAACUUUUACAAAUGGAGCUAACAGUAAUCUUCAGAUUUUCAAAAGUCAGUUUAUUUUAUUUUGAUAUAUUAUAAGUUGUCUCGAUAAAGGGGUUUCUUUUCAGUUUAUUUGUAUAGAUUUGCCACUUGUUGAACCUUUAUUGUACAGUGACAUUUUAUAAAGUCAAUUUAGUAAAGUGUGAUAAGUAUUUUUAGCUUUCCUAUGUAGAAAUCUCAAUGCUUGGUAUUUAAAGCUCUAUAUAUGGGCGCAGUCUAAGCUUAAAUACUAGCCAUAGCCUGUUCUAUCAAUGCAUAUGUUUUUAAUGCUUAUGUUGUUUUCAAUAAUUUUCCAAUAAAAAUCUGAUUGAA